CAAUGACGAGAAACCACGACAAAAAGAAGUUAUUCCACUGGUAAUCAGUCUAAUGAAAUAUGAUGAAGAGAUUUAAAGAAAAAUACACCAGUUAGUAUAUAUAUACGUAAGAAACGAUAGUGCAAUUGUGAGAUAUGGACGUUUUGCAAAAGAAUUUUUGGUUUAAAACGUCGCCUUAUUUAUUAUUGUUAAUUUUAGAAGUUCUAUUCGAAGUUACGAAUUCUGCGACUCAAAAUGAAAUUAACAAUCAUCUAGAAUUAGGUAAACAAUUUUUAGCGAGAGGACAACUGUCUGACGCACUCACACAUUAUCACGCAGCAGUGGAGGGAGAUCCUUCGAAUUAUCUGACGUAUUUUAAAAGAGGCACAGUGUACUUAGCGUUAGGAAAGGCAAAAAAUGCACUGAGUGAUUUAGAUCAAGUGUUAGAGUUGAAACCCGAUUUUCUAGCGGCUAGAGUUAGUAGAGGAAAUCUCCAUCUGAAGUUAGCAAAUUACGAUUUAGCACAAUUGGAUUUUUAUAAUGUGCUGCAAAUAGAUCCGUACAACGCGGACGCCAAUGAAUUAAUACAACGGAUUCAGCCCGCAACCGAACAGAAACAGAUGGCGGACUUGUAUUACAGCAGAGGUGAUUUUGGAAACGCAAUUGCGUUAUUAUCUGAAGUGAUAAACAUAAGUCCAUGGGCUUCGGAUUUAUUCGAACUUCGUGCCGAAAUACAUUUAGAAAAUGAAGAUCUCCUAUCCGCCAUAGCCGACAUUAGGGCGUCCACAAAGCUGCAGUCGGAUAAUACUCAUGGCUAUCUAACGCUGUCCAAUUUAUUGUAUCAGCUUGGACAUGCGACAGAUGCCUUGAAGUCUAUCAGAGAAUGCCUUAAAUUGGAUCCCGAACACAAGGACUGCUUUAGUUUUUACAAGAAGAUCAAGAAGGUGGAAAAAUUUAUUUCUGAUGCCGAGACUAGCAUCGAAGAGAAUAAUUUUCAGAAUUGUAUAUCAUCGGCGCAAAAAGUUUUAAAUGUUGAGAAAGAAGUAAGGAUGAUCAUGUUCGAAGGGAAACGACUUUUGUGCAAGUGUUACAUGAAGGACGAACAAAGUGCCGAGGCUAUUAGCGUUUGUGGAGAAGCCUUAGAUUUAAAUUCGGACGCGAGCAUUUACUGUGAUAGAGCCGAAGCGUAUCUUCAAACUGAAAUGUAUGACGAUGCCAUUAGGGACUAUAAGUCAGCGUUGGAACGUGACCAACAUUAUGAUCGAGCGAAGGAAGGGCUAGAAAGGGCCAAGAAAUUGCAGCAUCAGUCCGAAAGAAGAGACUAUUAUAAAAUUUUGGAAGUGAAAAGAUCUGCAUCAAAAAAGGACAUAGUGAAAGCGUAUAGAAAAAUGGCCCAAAAAUGGCACCCAGAUAACUACCAAACUGAUGAGAAAAUGAAAAAAAUUGCAGAGAAGAAAUUUAUUGAUAUCGCGGCUGCCAAAGAAGUGUUGACCAAUGAUGAGAAACGAAGGCAGUUUGAUAAUGGUGAAGAUCCUCUAGAUCCUGAAUCUGGUAGAUCAAAUAUGCCUAAUUUUCAUCAUUUUCAAGGUUUCCACGGUAGUCCGUUCCAAUUUCGUUUUCACUUUAAUUGAUGCUGAUCAAUGUUUAGUGAAAUGUACUAAAGAUCUUAGUAAAUUGGAACACGAGUGUAAAGCAGUGAUGAGACUCUCAAUCAUUAUUAUGUAUAUAUUGCAAAACACAUUGUACAUACAUACUUUUUAUUAAAUAUUAUUUAUUAAACAUUAGUGAUACAAAUCUCUGAUAUACAUUUUGAUUCGUACGCUUACUGAUUAGGUUUACAGGUCAAAAUCACUGAUUCUGCACAGUUGUUGCAUUAGUGUAUAAUGACUACAAGAUGAAUGAUUUCUCAUAAAGGCUCGUGAAAACCAUUGUUUUGUAAUCAAAUGUUCAUUUUUCAGUUUGUGUUAAUAUCAAUUAGGUAUUGAUUUAAUUUAGUUUAACAAAUAAAAGAAGAUUCGCUCCA